ACAUUAUGCACUGCAGGUUUGUGGGUGCGCGCGCGCGCGCGGGUGUGGGGGAUGCGCGUGCAUGAUGGUGGUGAUGCGCGUGACGCCAUGAGCAGAUGCGAGCAGUGGAGUAGACAGGACCGGGGCUAGAGCAGCAGCAGCAGCAGCAGCAUCACCAUCCUCCGCACCAGCAGCGACUCUCACCGGCUCCUCCUCCACCUCUCUCCCGGCUUUCAGAUGCUCCGGCUCGGCGGCAGGAUGUGCGGCUUCUCGGCGCUGCUCUCGGUGCUCCUCGCGGCGGCGGCGGCGGAGGCGGCGUCCUCCGAUCUUUUCGACAACCAGCUGGGCGACAUCAGCUACUGCAAAAAGCAAUGCCAGCUCACCAUCAAAAACAGAAGCCCCGCUAAAGACUCCAUAAUGAACGCCUGUUACCGUGGCUGUCGCCUCUACUCCAUCUGCCAGUUUGUCAACGGCAACGCCGGCUUCAACACCAGCACGGAGGAGUGUCAGGGAGCGUGCCAGGAGGCGUACAUUAAGCUCCUGGAGCAGGAGGCCUGCAGCACCGGCUGUGCCAGCCAACCCUCUGAACCUGAGAUCAAGAGGAGGAAGCUGAAGGCCAUGACUCUCCGUCCCAAGCCCCCCUCCGUGAUGGAGGCCGUGUCCAGUUGGUGCAACGAGAUCGUCAGCUCUGCUCAGAGCUUCAUCUCCUCCACCUGGACCUUCUACCUGCAGGCGGACGACGGCAAGGUGGUUGUUUUCCAGAGCCAGCCGGAGAUGGAGUACUCUCUGCCCGAGCUGCAGGCUCCUCGAUCCAAUGUGGCGGACAAACCCUGGCCUCAGGUCCACUCUCACACCCAGAGACCUCAUGGCGUGAGGGGACACGGAGAGAAGGGAGCAUCCAAAGCAGGAGGCAAAGGGAAGCACCCUGUCCAGCACACAGACGACCCCACAGCUGAGCACGACUUCCUCGGCUGCAUGUCAAGACGUUCGGGUCUCCCUCGUUGGAUUUUAGCGGCCUGUCUCUUCCUGUCCAUCAUGGUCAUGUUGUGGCUCAGCUGUGCCAGCCUCGUCACCGCACCAGAGCAGCACAUCAAGACGCAGCUGAGCAUCAACGGAGACAAGGAGUUUCUGGACAAUGCCCACAAAGUCAACCCGUACCACCUGACUCCCGUGAUCGCUGUCACCGUGAAACAGUCGGAUGAGAGCCAGGAGGCGGGGCCGCUGCCGGUGAAAGUUGACCUCAACAAAACUUGUGUUUAGAAAGGACCAAUUGGAGAGCUCUCUCCACCCCCCCCCCCUCUCCCAAGGGUAACCAUGUCUAAAAGUCUGUGGCCCAUCGGCAGAAUUUUUAAAAACAUAUUUUUAACAGCAUGGCACCCUACCUACUGUCUUUUGAACUUACCUUAAUGAAACAUCUAGCUUGUGUUGAUCAGACGUUUUUUUUUUCCACUUAGCUACGCCUGUCAUUUCAGUUCCUUGUACAGUCAAAAUAUGUCCAUCCUCAAAUGAUCCUGCCUGCUUAUUGCUUAUUGAUAAGACAGUGCUCUUGUCUCGCUGGAGACGAGUAUAGAGGACAGAUUACAGCUGAGAGCUUCAUCUCGAAUUUUUCAUGUCUGGUGUGAACGAGAGAAGACAAACACAAAGAUUGAUUUUAGAUUCAAUUUUCCUCAUUCUCACAGGGAGUUUAUGUGAAUUAAUGGAUUACGGAGAGCAAAGAAAAUUAGUAGGAAGUGAGUGAGAGGAAAGGGGGAUAAACUACAGGUGAGCUCUCCGGGAUGCUGCAGAUACUGAAGCUGACUGAUGCUGAGUUUACUUUAUCAUAAUUUUUUUUUAGCCGUGCUUUGCCCGUCACACAACAGAAAACAGUUCUCUGGUGAGCAACACAUUCUCAAAGUUCGGAGAAAGAAAAUAGUACAUAAAGCAUUAAGUACUUGUUGAAAAAACUAAAACCACAACUUGUAUCACGUUAUUCAUCUUUGUGUAUGUGUUUGUGUGUAUGGGGUUGUGUGUGCAUCUGCAAACAGCACACAUUCAUUUAUGAGUAACAAUUUCAGAACUAGAGCAGGAUCUGGAUUCAAACUGAGACGAGACGAGACAAAGAACGACACCUUUUUAAUUUAUUUUGUCUUCUCUUAUUUAUUGAGAGUCAUCAACACGAGUUACUUGUUAAACAGUGUUACUGAAGUGCCAUGUACAGUUAAUUCAUCACGACAUGUAGCUGCUCUGUAUGUAAAAUAUACUGUAACACAGAGAGGAAAGAGACACGUAGAGAAGGGAGAUCGCACCUAUUGCUGUAUUAUUAUUAUUAAUAUGAUUCUCAUGUUAAUGCUCUUAUAUCACUUAGAGUUCUUAGCUGUUAUAUGCUCUGUGCCAUGUGCUUUCUAAUAGCUGACUAUUUUGUAUGUCCUAGGAGCACAUACUGAAGGAUAGCCUCUGUAAUAACAUGUAAUGCAAAGCUUUUAACCUAGACCUUUGUUAUUGAGCAGAGUUGCACAGUCUUAGAGACGAGUUUACGUUUUCCUCUCAGUGCUUUCUGUGUCCUGUAAUGCUCUUUUAAUCCAGGCUGUGUAGACAAUAAACCGUGCAUGCAAGUGACGCUUCGAUAGUUUAUAUCUUAACCGCCCGCCAUGCCAGCAUGGUACAACUUCUACUAUAGACGUGUGAUUUUCUUUAUUUGUGUCAAGUCAUAUUUACCGUAACCAUUGAAUAGACUGUGUAAUGAUGAAUGAUUAUAUGCUCACAAAUUUACAGGAAGGACUCUCAAUCAAAAAGCCAUUUUUCAACAAUAUCUGUGCUGAUUCAAACUGAAGGUAUAUGGAAUAUAUGACUUUCAAAUUGUAUUGUUUCCUUUUUACUGGUCGGUUCAUUUUCAAUGAAAUGAUACUGAGGACAUAAUGAAUAAAGUGUUUUCAUUGUAAAUAAA